UACUACGGAAUACUGGUUGCGAAUUAGUCCACUCUCAGAGACGGGGCAAAUAUUAACAAAACCAUUCCAACAAUUUCAAAAUGGCCCCGAUCCCACGACCCGGCGGAGAAAACAAACAUCACCCUGUCUCUGACCCACUCCCACUCCCCAAUUUCACCACCUCUCUUUCUCUCUCCUCCUCCUCCUCUUCCUCGUCCGCCAUGGAUGACCUUCCAUUGCUGAAGGUAACCAUCUCAGGCCCAACCCUUUCUUCCCUCAUCAACCGCUUCGCUUCUUCCCCAUCAAACACUCAAGGCCUUCUCUUCGGCAAAUUCUCUCUCCACACUUCUUCUCUCUCCGACGACUCCCCUUCUCCUUCUCCCUCUCCUUCCUCUCUCAUCGCUACCAUUACUGGGUUCAUCUCCUCCGGAAACUCCUCCGAUGACUUAUCUUCUCUCCUCCGUCGUACCCACCACCGCCACGUCAUCGGGUGGUUCUCCGGUCGCCGGAGAUCGCCGCUCCGUCCUUCGCUUCACGAGUUCGCUGUCUCGCAAUCUAUAUCUUCUGAAUCUCCUCGCGUUUUUCUUCUCCUAACGACGCCGUUUAAUGACCCCCAAUUGCUAAUUCAUACUCAUGAGUAUAGAGUUUAUCAUUUCAAUCGAUUGGAGAAUUCCUUCGAAACGACGCCUUUGGAUGUGGUUAACAUUGGACCUGCGUUUCGGGGGCAGUAUGGUGCGUUUUCCCCCAAUUCGGAGCUUCCCUUUUUGCCCUGCAAUUUUCAAGGUGGGUCCCCCAUGAAGGAUGAUGAGAAUAUGAAUUUGAAGGAGAUGAAGAGGGUUGCUAAGGAUCAGAAGGAUUUGGAAGCGUACGCCGCGGCCGGGUACGAGUUGGGGAGUUUGAGUAGGUUGGUGGGAUCAGAUGCUGUGAGUUAUGUGAGUGGAGUUGAGGAAUUGUAUGAGAAGAUGCUUGCUAGGCUUGAUUGCUUGGCUGCUCAAGUUGAAGGGUCUUCUUCUAAAGUUCUUGAGAUGGAAAUUCAUAACAUGAAGUUGCGGCACAGAGUUGCUGGCCUUGAAUGAUUGGGAAUUGUGGAUAUAAUUGGGCAUUUUUUGUUCUGGUACCAGAUGAAUCAUGGAUAUGCGGCAAUUUGUGUUUUGGCAGCAGCCAUCAUGGCUGCCUUGUGCCGUUCAGUAAUUAUUGAGAUCUGCAUUUGAUUUCUUCACCCUUAUUUCAGUUGAAGGACAACCGUGUUGUAAAUGAAACGCCAGCAUUCUACCAAUGCUUGUGCAGAUGCAUUCUAGCAGUACUUCGAUUGGCCGAAAGUAAUGGCAGAUACUUUGUAGUUGCAAUUGGAUUGAAAAGAGCAUUGAUAUUUUGUGGGUAUAAGUGGAAGAUUACAUUUUGGUUUGGUCAAUUGUACAGUUGACGAGCUCAGAUACAUCCACUUCUUGGGGUCUGCUUUUGUAGGUUAUCCAUUUGCUAAAUAUGAACUGAGAUGCAACUUGUUAUAUAUGCUUUUAAUGUCUAUUAUACUGUUCUGCUAAUGUAUGCAGUACAUCGUUUUAGUGGGUUAACCUCCUAUGUCCUAUCCAUUCAAAAAAUUAAUUGCCGUAUUUAAGAUGGCCACAUCUUCCUUCGUAA